AUGGGCGUUUUAGGCGAAGUGCAGCGAAAAAGGGCUUAUCGCCUCAAGGGUGUGUCUUCGGUCUCGAGUGGCUCUGCUGACACAUUCAGUCUGGAGGUCAGUCGGUCUCUGCUUCGCGAAACCGAGCCGAACCGACGUGACCCGGCCUUCAAUCUAUGCCAUUUUGGGGCCUACCGACACAAAGCUAAAGAGUACGUCUCGUCAACUGUUGCCUUCGCUGUGCAUUUGUUUGCGGACUUUGCUAGCACCUCUUGA